GGAGGGUUCUGUUUUUGCGGGGUUGCUGAUCACCCCGCCUCGCAUGUCCCGGGGCCCGGCUCCGGUCUCUGGGCUACGGCAGGCGUCGCGGACGGGCUGCACAGCACCAACCACAGCUCAGAGUCGCAGCGGGGACUGCGGGUGAAAUGGAUCCACCAGGCUACCUGGAGGAUGACUUCUCUAACCUCGAUGGGCUGGAUGAUGAUGUGUUCCACUCUGAGGACUGUGGACUUGCCAGUCAGCCCAGUGAAAUUACCUUUCCUGGCAUUUUCACACAGAGCCAGUCUUAUAGCUGUCUGCUGGGGAGGUUCCAGCUCUUCCCACUAACACACUGUUGUGGUCCAGGAACCAGGCAUGCCAAGCAGCAAGACAAGGCUACACAAACACUCAGUCCAUCCUCUUCCAGCCAGGAUGUCAUGUUACCUUGUGGAGUGACUGAACAGCCACAGAGACUUUUUUAUGGGAAUGCUGGGUACCGUUUACAUGUCAACCCAACUGGUUUCUCAUUGAAUCCACACCUCCAGGAGGAACCUCAGGAAAACCCAGAAGAACUGCAUACUGAAGUUCAGAUUGCUCGGAAGUUACAGUGUAUUGCAGACCAGUUCCAUAGGCUUCACCUACAGAGGCACCAGCAGAACAGGAAUCACGUCUGGUGGCAGAUUCUUCUUUUCCUUCAUAACGUGGCCUUGAACAUGGAAGCAAAUAGACACCAUGCAGGUCGGAGGUGAGACUUGGCCAGCCUCUUCCAGGUCACAUCCAGUCUGCUGGGAGCACUGAACAACUUCAGGGCAGAGAUGCGCAUGCUGCUGGGUGGAUGUGAGGUUCCUGCAAAACAGAGGACCCUUUUGUCAAACAAACAACUUCUUUGAGAAGAACUUGCAUUCUCUCUUCCUAAUUUCCUGUCUUCUGCAGAGGGGAGCUUUGGUCCAACACUGUUGAUGAAAAAUCUUCCAAAAAGUGUGCAGUUUUUAAAACCGAGAUGCAAAUGAGUGGGCUGGUGUAUCAGGAAGCUUCCCUUUUAGCUGACAAUGAGUGUGCAGCAUUUUGUAACCGUAGCUGAGGAUUAUGGCGCUAAUGAAUUACAA